AAUCAAUUUUUACUUUCACUGCAAAGAAACUCUGGCGAAGACGAACCCCGAACCUGCCUCAUCCCGCGCUCACAGGCACGUUUCCUUGCACAGCAGCCCACACAGGUACCAGUCGCACUUGACUGUUACACUACUCAAGAACCCGUUCUGGCCACAUGAGCUGCUAUUAAAGCACUCGCUGAACAGAAAUCCCGUGCUGCCCCCGUCGAUGAAAUUCACGACGGCUGGCGGUCCGCAGACCGCUGUUAUACUUCAGAACUGCACGAGUAGCUUGAGUACUCAUAGCGAAGCCGAGCGGCCUCCCAUCGAGAAUUGGCAGCUGCAUGCGAGGCCCUCGCGCCGGCAGGCCUCGCGCCACGCACUGCUAGCGUCAUUAUCGUUGUCGAAUGCAUCGUCAUUGGCUCGUGGAUCAACCCGAGGCGGGGGCUUUGGCGCAGUGGGCGCUGUGCUCGGGAGCGUGACGGGCUUUAACCUUCUGUUUCACAGGGAUGCUGGUCUGCGGAAGACAUUCAACUCCAUUGACCUGGAUGGCAAGGGCCACAUCACGGAGAAGGAUCUGGAGGCGUUUGCCAACCGCAACGGGCUCCCGGGCAGCUACGCGCAGCACUUUGUGAGCGCCGUGUUGUCUAGCCACAACGGCAGCACGCAGACAAGCGCGCAGCCCACGGGCGCCGGCAAGCUGCGGGGAGGCGGUGCCGCGGAGGACGUUGAUCACUCGGAAGAUGUGGAGCUCACGUUUGCGCUGUUCAAGAACUUCGUACGCAGCCGGGAGGACGCGUUGCGGCGGGCCUUCAACAUGUUCGACCAGGACGGCGACGGGCGCAUCUCGCUGGGCGACCUGGAUGCCACGCUGUCCCGCGUGGCGGUGUGCUGCCCCAAAACCCGCUGCAUCUACCGCUGCCGCUCGCACAUGGCGGAGCGCCUGCACUCCAAAGUGGCGACCGACCACGGGUCUCUGGGUUUCUCGGAGUUCCGUGACUUCUUCCUGCUGCUGCCGCAGCAGGACAUGCUGGUCGAGUACUGGGUGGCGGCGGGCGCGGCGCCCGAGCUCAGCGACAAGCUCAGCGUGGCGGGGCGCACCGGAGACGAGGGUGGUGCCAAGGGCUCGCCAUGGGGCCACUUGCUUGCGGGCGCCAUCGCGGGCGCCACCUCUCGCACCGCCACGGCGCCGCUGGAGACGCUGCGGCUGGCGGCCAUGGCCGGGCAGCUGCAGAGCAGGAGCCUGGCGCAGGCCGCCAGCGACAUCGUGUCCAGCCAGGGCUGGCGCGGGCUGUACCGCGGCAACGCACUCAACGUGCUGCGCUCGGCGCCGCAGAAGGCCCUGGACUUCUUCGCCUUUGACGCCUUCAAGCGACUGCUGGGGGACGACACGCACGCCAAAACCUUCCUGGCGGCGGGCCUGGCGGGCUGCACCAGCUGGGUCGCGCUGUACCCGCUGGAGGUGGUGCGCAGCCGCGUCACGGUGGCCGCGGCGGCGGCGGCCGCUGCCGCCAGCGCCGGCGCCACCGCUAGCGCCAGCACUGUGGCUGCGGUGCGGGCGGGCGGUCUGGCGGGCGCGGGCGGUCUGGGUCUGGUGGACUCGCUGCAGGCCAUAGUGCGGCGGGAGGGCGCGGGUGCGCUGUACAAGGGGCUGGGGCCGUCCGUGGCGGCCAUAUUCCCCGAGGCCGCCAUCACCUACGGCCUGCACGACGCGCUGAAGAAGGCGUACACGCGGCUGACGCACGAGGAGCCGGGCGUGGCGCCCAGCCUGGCGUUUGGCGUGCUGAGCGCCUUCAUGGGGCAGCUGGUGUCCUUCCCGCUGGAGACCGUGUCCCGCCGGCUGCAGGUGGCGCACGGCGUGGGCGGCGCCUCCGGCAUGGUGACGGUGGUGAGGGGGCUGCUGGCGGAGGGCGGCCCGGCAGCGCUGUACCGCGGCAUUGGCGCCGCCACGCUGCGCCUGGUGCCCAUGGCGUGUGUGUCGUUUGGCACGUACGAGGCCGUGCGUGCGGCCAUCAUGGCGUGGGAGCAGCAGCAGGAGGAGCGCCAGACGCGGCAGCUGCUCACGUCGCGCUGCGUGCCGCUGGUGCUGCACGGGCCAAACGGAGACCAGGAGGUGGUGGGGCGGCUGUGCACGCCGGCGGGAUCCACCAUGCCCACGCUCUGCUCCACGCCCGCUUCGCGCGCCGUUGGCGGCGGCUGCAGCGGCGGCUCCACAGGCGGUGUGGGCGGGGGCGGCGCGCCGGGCGCCGUGGCGGCUGCGAUGGGAGAGCUGGUGGAGGCGGUGCCGGUGUCCGACCCCGCUGCGGCGGCAGCGGCUGCCGGCGUGGUGGUCGCGUCUGCUGUGCCGCUCACGUGUGGUCAGGGCGCGGCGGCCACUUCCAGCAGCGCCUGCCCUGUGACAAUGCCGGCGACGCCGGCGGGUGUCGCGAGUGCGGCUCAGCCAGUGGUGGCGGCGGCGGGCUGCUCGGGCGCGUGUGUCACAGCGGCGGAGAUUGCUAGUUGCGGGACGAGCUGCUGCAAGGCCUCUGCCGCUGACGCCGGCGCCAGUUAGAGGGCAGCCCCGCGUCAGUUGUGGAGCUGAGCAACCUUUGGGGGCGGGAAAGAGGGCCCUUGGUAUAAGGGGCAAAGAGACAACUUAUGAACGGAGCGCAUUUUUAGUUUUAGGCUGUAGAUUUCAGCAUUGGGCACCUCGCUCGCGUCGGUUGCUGGAGUUGUGUCAGCCGCAAGGGUGGGCGCGCUCGGCCGCGCCGACGGGAGAUUAUAUCAUUAGCAGCAUAGGACGCCUGGAGAGCAAGCGCUUGCGUAGGUGUUGGGCAUGGGGUUUGCACGCACAAAAGUGCUUUUGAGAAUCGGUUGGGUUGCGUUGCGUUGAUGGGAGCGUUGUGCUGCACGGAAGAAUUGGGCGCAUGGAGAAGCCUGCACGAGAGUGAGAAGUCGUGUGUGCUGGGCGCACGUGCCUUGCUUAUGAAGCUGGUGAACUUGACAUCGGGAGAAGAGACCAUGUCUGAGGGGACCGUUUCUAAGGUCCAGGAGGCAGAUCUUGAUGGGUGGUCGUGCUGCUUGAACCCGAAAAUGCCUUUGCUUCCAUUGAGCGGCCGGGCCGGGACGGGCUGCUUCAUGUUUUGCCUGGUGGUGCCAGGAUGACUGCCCGCUGGUGGGGCUUGACUACCGCGCUGUGCGUAAGUUUUUCAGCGCUGCAACUUGCGGCGUCGGGUUAUGCUUCGGCCGGCAAUAGUACUCAAUUGCUAGUUCGCCAGGACCGGUAGGCGCAGAUGGCAUGGCCGCGUCAGCUUGUACUGCUGGCGGGCGCACGUGUGGGGCCAGGGCGGACGGGUGCGGUCGCUGCGCCCCCAGGCGCGAGCCAGGCGUAGGUUGGUUGUUGGGCUGGUGCGGCCUACGUGCCAAGAGGGUAUGUAUGUAGGGUCCAUCGGUGCGUGCAUGUGGUGUUUGCGCGAGUGUCCUGGCAUAAGCAAUUUAUUUCUAGCGUUGCGGCUGUGCAUAGGUGCCUGGGACCUCCGUGUUGCAACCCAGCACCGCUUCGGGCCCGGGUGUACGGUAUGUGUCAUGCUUUGGGCACGAGUCGUGACGCGCACUUGCGUGGGUGCUGCCCCGCGAGGACUUUGCCCGCGCAUUUCUUGUUUGGAGCCGCAUUGGGUUCCUAGAUUUCAGAUCCUGCAGGCGCUAUGCCAGAAGUUGAGUGUGUGUUGAGUUCUGAGGGCGGAGAGGCGGCUAGAUUUGCUCGAGAGACUGUUUCUGACGAGUGGGGACCGGUUGUUACACGUGCAACACGUGAUUGCCACAUGCGCUGGUGUCCCCCUAGGUGCUGAACCUCCUCCAGAGGCCUUCAGCGGGGCAGCGCAUUGCAAAUAAGAACAGCUGGCCGGUGGACACGACGGGCAGACCUGUAAGUCCGCAUGAAU